ACAAACUGACAGGUUUUCAUCUUAAAGCCUGGUUAAUACUUUUAAAAGCUAUUUCUACCGACAGGUUAACUAUAAUAUCACAUUCCCGAUGUCUGACACACAUUCUGAUACCCUGUCUGAAGAGGGAUUGGAUGAUUUUAAAGAAGACGAAGAUCUUGAUGAGAUUCAGUUGUGUCCCUUGAGCAAAGACAUGAUCACUGAGGGGCUUUCAUUACUCUCCCGGACAGAGAAGUAUCUAGAAUAUGCUUUUGUCAAACUGGAUCUUAAAGAAAAAGCGCUGACUGACAUAGCUGCAAUCAGUAGUUAUAUUCAUAUACGUUAUCUGGACUUAUCAAACAACUACAUCGCUGAUCUUUCUCCUUUGGCAACUCUGAGCUAUUUGCUUUGGCUGAAGGUUGACAGGAAUGCUCUGGUAUCAUUUCAAGGGCAACCUUUUGCUGAGCUUACCUUUCUACAAUGGCUGAGUGUGUCAGUAAACCGGCUAACAGACAUAGAUGGUCUGGUUGGACCAGCACUAGAGACCCUCAUACUUCAAGGUAAUAGAAUUAAGACAAUAAAUGGUUUGCAAAGUGGUGUCUUUGCCAAUUUGGUUACUCUUGAGCUAAGAGGAAACUACCUAGAUACCACUGAUGGCAUUGAUCUUCCAAACCUGCAAAAGUUAUAUCUGGCUCAAAAUCUUAUCAAACGCCUUGAGGGUCUUGAGAAGUUGGAAUGCCUCACAACUCUACAUCUGCGAGACAAUCAUCUGGAAACUCUGGAUGGGCUCAGUCCCAACAUGAGGAGUCUUCAGUACCUGAAUGUCAGAGGAAAUGUAAUCGCUGAUGAAAAAGCCUUAGAAGGCCUUGGCCUUGUGGCAAAAACACUCAGAGUUUUGGUCCUUUCUGAAAACCCAUUGGAGGAAACAGACUAUCGAAUGGGAGUACUGAUGCUGCUGCCUCAGCUGGACAGGAUUAACAAAGUCACAGUAAGCCUUGAAGAGAGAACCGAAGCUCGGAGGGCGAUGAGGGAACUUAAAGAAGAGGAAAUACCUGCACCAUAAGAUUUCAAAAGAUGGCUAGUAUGGGGAAGUGUACUUUUUUAAGAAGGAAGCUGCAACACUGAUUGCACAUUUAUUUGAAAAGCAUAUGUCUUGUGUGAUAAUUGCUCUGCAGAAUUUGUUAACAUUUAAGCAAUUAAAAACAAUUCAGUUAAAUUAAUUUUAUUGCAAUGAAUGGUAAUUUGAUACAAGACAGCUGGCCAUAAGGGAAUAAAAUGGGCUGGAAACGGGAUCUUGUAUGUGAACAGUACAUUGUUCUAGUUGCACUCUUCUUUCCCUGAGUAAGGAUGAUGGGGCAGAAUCUGACUUUACUUCCUUGUAGGCAGUCUCUCAGCUUCAGAUUUAAAGGAGCAGUUACAUUAUAACUGUGUGUAGACAAUGCAUGCAUUAUAAACACGGGCUAAUAUGUAUGAUUAAACAUUUCUAGGUAAUACCUAAGAUAUCUCAUAUGACACAACAUCCUAGUUAAACUACUCCAAUUAAUACCCUUUCUCUUUCUUAUUAUUUGCUGUAUUUUACUGUAUUUAUAUUACAUGGGAAAAGACAAAUAACAGAAGUGUAAACACAACUUGCUUUUUUACAGGGUUGUCUGUUAAGGAUUCAUUUUUUGUGUUACUGU